AUGGUGGCGCUCAUGAAAACUCUCUGUUUAUCUGUGAUCGUCUUCGCUUCUGUUGCGACCUUCUUCUCAGUUGCUGAUGCACAUAGGUUUUACGUGGGAGGUAACGGCGCUUGGGUCGUAAAUCCACAUGAGAAUUACAAGUCUUGGGCUGAAAGUAACCGUUUCCAAGUCAAUGACACACUCUACUUUAAGUAUGCCAAGGUAUCAGACUCGGUGCAACUAGUGACGAAAGCAGAUUACUACGCCUGCAACGUUAACAAUCCGAUACAGAAGUUUGAUAAUGGAGAGGCUGAAGUUGCUCUUAAUCGAUCUGGUCCUUAUUAUUUCAUCAGUGGUAAUCAAUAUCACUGUCUGAGGGGACAGAAGUUGACCGUCGUUGUCCUCGCCGUCAGAAAUCACCCCAACGUACCCAUGUCUCCGGCGAAACCACCAACAACGGCCCAACCUCCAAAAUCACACUCCCCUGUAUCUCCGGCGAAAGCACCAUCAACAGCUCAGCCGCCUAAAUCACACUCCCCUGUUUCUCCGGCGAAAGCACCGUCAACAGCUCAGCCGCCUAAAUCUCAUUCCCCUGUUUCUCCAGUUGCACCGGCUAAAGCUCCGUGGAUGGCCGAAACUCCAAAGGCUCACUCCCCAAUUUCUCAUCUUUCUCCGGCUAUGUCUCCGUCAACCACCCAACCUCCAAAGGCUCAUUCCCCUGUUUCUCCCACUGCACCGGCGAAAGCUCCAUCAAUGGCUCAGCCGCCCAAAUCCUCUGUUUCUCCACCCCAACAUUCUACACCUUCUCCUGUUGCUCACUCACCGUCCAAAGCUCCAGCAACGUCCCCAGCUACACAUUCUCCCCCACCAAAAUCUCCAUCGCCGUCGACUUCUUCCCCGACAAAAUCUCCAAGAUCUUCGCCGUCACCAAAGUCUCCUUCCCCUGCUGCUUCUCCAACGCAGUCAGCAUCUUCCCCGGUAAAACCUCCGACGUCUUCCUCUGAUCCUUCACCAGCUUCUCCAGCUACGUCGCCAUCUCCUUCUGAAUCGACUCCAGCCGCAGAUAACAACAACAUGGCGCCUGCGCCAAGUCCCAAGAGUGCAGCAACUGUUGUGACCGUUACUUCUGUUAUGUCUACACUCUUCAGUGUGGCUUUUACCGUUUUGAUGUUCCCUUAAGUUUUUUAAAAUGGUUUUGUGAUUUGAUUUACAUUUCUUUAUUCUGUUGCUGAGUUUUUGUUGUUUGUUUCGAG